AAUCGAACGGCUGGAAUCUUUCGCGCCAAGUGCGGACCCUCGGCCCGCGCUAGUCGUUGCUUCUUCCGCCAGCUGGAUGCUUGACCUCGCCCGCCCUCUCGCCCCUUAGAGGGUGGGAGGGCGGCUGCUGACCUGGAGCCGCCUGGUCUGCCAUCGGACAGAUUGCCUAGAACAAUUGACCAAACUUGAAAGAUCUUCAGCUGCAGUCUUUGUGGACAGAUCCCCAAAAGAAAGUUGGAGCAUCUAAAGGGUCUUAAAAAAUCCAUAUCGUUGCCAACUUUUCUGGAAGUCCAACUUUGACAAGCACCUAGAAGAGAGCCUUCAGUCCUGACUCAGAGAUGGAGAAAUCAGGCUCAUCUUCAGCUGCCUCUGAGCUUCAGCCGCGGAGGCAGGAGGGACUGAGCGACACAAUAGCAGACUUGACUGAGCAGAGUCUCAUCUCAUCUGAGAAGUGGCUUCAACUGCAUGGACUCAAGAGCAACAAGCUGACCUUGAAACAGAUUUUGUCCCAGAUUGGAUUCCCACAUUGCGAAGAUUAUGUGACUUCUCUGGGGAGACUUGUGGCUUCUCGGUACGCUGAUGGACUGUUUCCACAGUUCUACGUAGCAGAGGACAACAGAGUAUACAAUCUGACAGCUAAAUCAGAACUGAUCUAUCAGUUCGUGGACUCUUUAAGACAAGCUGUGGAGAGCUACAAGCAGCGGAUGGACUGGCUCACCAGCAAAAGCCGGCAGAUUUUUGGUGUCAUCUUGGAACAGUGCGUCACCAUAGUGCUGGAUUUGGGUGGUGUUCUGGACAAGGAACUUGAUCUGUGUCGAGACGCUCUAGUAAUGGUCCUCCAGGAGCAGGUGGCUCAUAUAACCAAGUUCAAUAUUAUAUGGAUUUCUCAAGAACCUGUGAAAUGGCAGGAAAACGCUACUCCUGUGACUGAAGAGUCCAUCACUGCUGCCGUAAGUUGGCUUGAGAAGCUGACUUUUGAGCCAACUGUGAGUGAGGUUAGCUCCCUGGAUGCUCUGCUGGAAGCUGGGAGAGACACAACUAUUGAAUCCAUUUACUACUUUGUGGUGGGAGAUGUCCCUGAGAAAUCCAAGGAGCUGCUCCUCCAGAGGGCUUUGGAGAUCUCACAUCCAGUCUCCACAGUGUCCUUCAACGCCAGAGGAGAAGGCAUGAUAGCUUUCCUAAAGGAUCUGAGUGCCAAGACCCACGGCAGAUUCCACGCAUUUGCUGAGAGAACAGAGUGUGUCUCAUUUCCUGCAUUCCCCCCAAAUGAUGGUGACAGCGUGAUGACUUGGAAUUCAAGGAAACUGAAAGGAAAAGUCCCUCCAGGAGCUGGAGUCAGAGAGGAUGUGUUUCUCAUUUGGAGAGAGAUGGAGGAAGCCUGCAGCACACUGGCUCAGAUCCAGAGGCUGGUGGACGAGCCCCCCACAUCCGACGAGGCCUCAGUAGAUUGCGAGUCAGGAGCAACCUCUACUGAGACUGAGUCAAAUCCAGAGGACACCUGUGACUCGAAGAAGUGGCUGCAGAAAUAUGGCUUGCAGGCCCAGAAGCUGUCAUUUUACGACGUUCUUGCUGACUGCUCCUUCCGCCAUGCUGAUGGAGUUGUUGGUAUUAAAGCCAAACCAGAGGAUGAGUCUGUGCAGACCAGUGCGGAGACCAAGAAGAAGACAGUCCAUGCAAAGUACUGCAGCAGAUUUGUCCACGCUCCCUGGAAGGAUGGGAGCUUGGUCCACGUCAACAUUACCAAGGAGAAGUACAAGUGGUACAGUGAGAGAAUUCACACAGCCCUGGCCCAGAUCCAAAGGAGGAUUAAAUGGCUACAGGCUGGGAGUCAAAUCCUCUUCGGGAAAGUGCGUGAUGAGUGUGUGUAUGUCCUCAUUGAUACGUCUCAUUCGAUGAAGAGCAAACUGGACUUGGUGAAGGACAAGAUCAUUCAGCUCAUACAGGAACAGCUGAAAUACAAAAGUAAAUUCAAUUUUGUGAAAUUUGAUGGUCAUGCAGUUGCUUGGCAGGAAAAACUUACUGAAAUCAAUGAAGAUAAUUUGCAACGGGCUCAGUCCUGGAUUAGAGACAUUAAGACUGGAAGUUCCACAAACACCCUGGAUGCCCUGCAGAUUGCUUUUGCUGAUAGAGAAACACAAGUAAUCUACCUUCUGACGGAUGGGAGACCUGACCAGCCCUUUGAAAUGGUUAUGGAGCAAGUCAAAGUGUACCAGAAAAUUCCUAUUUAUCCGAUCUCCUUCAAUUACAAUGAUGAGAUUGCAAAUGGAUUUUUGAGAGAGCUUGCUUCUGUGACUGGAGGAGAGUUCCACUUUUAUAAUUUUGGUUGCAAGGAUACCAGUUUCCUGGAAGCUGUUCAGAAUGAAGAUCUGACUCUUUUAUUUGACGAAAUGGAGCAGGGGCGCAGUGACCUGGAGAAGGUGCAGAACCUUUAUUCUGAAUCCUUGAUCAUGGACUGGUGGUACAACGGAGAAAAGGAAGGCGACAAGCAUCAAAAGGAAAUCUAUUCUAUGGUUUCAACUCCAGAAAAAUGUUCACAACCUCAAUCUGAUGGUGAAUCAACGCAAACCUCCUCUCUUACUAUGUUGAAAGUACCAUGGGGCCUUUCAAAUCAAAAGAUUCCGAAAAAGAAAGUCCUCCAUGCAGAGUCGACCAAAACCAGCCUGCUCAGAAGCCAGAUGUCCACCCUCAAGAGCUCAGCUUGCAGUGAAAGGAAGGAGAGCCCCUCUAAUUCCAGCAGCUGGAUCAUUGCUCCAAGUGACAAAGGAAUGAGCAUUCUACUGACAAAUGGGUAUCUGGAAAGUAAAUUAUCAGAAAGAUCAACUCGAGAAGGAAGCCAAGUUUAUGACCAUGAUUCUUCAGAUGUAUCUUCAGAAGACUGGCUCAAGGUCCAUGGCUUAGUUGCCAAGAAACUCACCCUCAUGGAUGCCUUGUCAGUGACCGCAGUGCCCCACAACUCAACCUAUGUCCCUAUUCUGGACAAACAUGUUGUUUCCAAGGUCUUUGAUGAGGUGUUCCCUCUGGCACAUGUGUGCAACGACACAAAUAAGAUGACAUUAAUUAACCCCCAAGGAGUCAAGCUCAAUAUUUACAAGCAAAAAGUGGAGCAGGCAAUUAAGUCCUACGAAAAGCGCUUGAAUAAAAUUGUUUGGCGAGCAUUAUCUCAAGAAGAAAAAGAAAAGUUAAAUGCAAACAGACCAAUACAGUACUUGGAAAACAAGGCAACCUUAAACAGGGCAUUAGAACGAUUGAAUUGGCCCAUUUCAUUGAAAGAGCUGUCAGUACUGGAAAAUGAAAUCCUAGCUGGGAAAAAGUAUGUCCAGGAGGCCAUGGAACUCCAGGAAGCUCUUAAGAAGAAUUAUGUGAAUAAGACACUGGGAGAGCAAGAAAAAUUACAAGGAAAUCCAACAAAGAAAACCAAAUCAAAAAAACUGGAUCCCCUCAAAGGCCAGAAGGUUAUUGCGAGAUGUGAUGAAAAUGGCUUUUAUUUUCCAGGGGUUGUAAAGAAGUGUGUGAGCCCCACCCAUGCACUGGUAGGCUUCAGGUAUGGAGACACCAAGGUUGUGCCCCUCUCAUUCAUCACGCCUGUUGGGGGCGCCAUGCCCUGCCCACUGCUCCAGGUUGGAGAUUAUGUGUUUGCCAAAAUCGUGACACCCAAAGGAUUUGACUUCUACGUUCCUGCCAUUGUCAUUGCACUUCCAAAUCAGGAUGUGGCUUCAGAAAAAUUCUACACAGUUUUGAAAUGUAACAACCGAAGAGAAUUUUGCCCUCGGAGUGCACUUAUUAAGAUAAGCCAAAACAAGUAUGCUCUCUCUUGCUCCCAUAUAAAGUCAUCUGCAGUUCAGGAGGAUCCAAAAGUGGAGGACAUGGAGACAAACAACUCUACUUUCCUUCUCUGGCCACUGAAAGAAGUUGACACUGGGGAUUUAAAAGAUCCAAAACAGGAGACCCUCCGAAAGAAGAAAAAGAAACCUACCAAGAGGCCACCUCUCCAGGAGAUGGUGUCCUUGGAUUUGGACGGCUCUUCCCAUGGCAGCAGGUCACCAGGGUUCUACCGCGAGAUACGCCCCAAACCCAAGACAAGGCCCUCAGCCCGGGGUAUAGAGUCAGCUAGCUACACCAUCACUGCAGCACCUGUACCUCAAGCAGCCCUAUCCUAUCCUCAUCAAGCCACCCACAGCAACAAAGCAUUGAGGACCAUCACUGAGAAACUUUAAAGCAGUCUAGUGGCAACUAUGGUUAAGAGAGCCAGCAUGCCUCCUGGGCUGUCAGACCUCAAUCACUUGAUACAGUGAAGCUAGCCCCUCUGCUAAGUCUGUUGUAGGUACUUAUAAUUGAGCCUGGAACCAGAAUAAAAGCUCUUACAUUGAAAACAU